AUAGUAUGAAUAUCUCCAACAAACCAAAAAUGGAGCAGAAGCAUAAGAAUGUGUGAGGCAGGCAAGAGAUCCUGUAGCCAGGGUCCUAAGAGGAUCCCAGAAAGGCCUGGACAUAGCAGGAGACGCUCCAUGAAGGAGUAUGGACUUGGGACAAAGUUCCAUCUUGAUGGACCCAUGGAGAUCUACUCCUGGCUGGUUGCUACUCCAGCAGGCUUGGUUUUAUGAAUUUGGGGAGAAAUGGGUCUUUACUUUCAAGGAGGCCCUGAGGCCCCAGAAACUGAGGACCUCAGAGCUAGAGGAAACCCUGAAGAGCUUCUCUCUGGGGCAAGGACCGAGGGUGGAGUGAGGGGUGGGAAGAGGAAGCAUCCAGCCCUCUGCACUCUCAAGUCUUCUCGUCUUUCCCUGGAAAAUCUGAUUAGGUAGUUCUGCAUGGGACCUGGGAAUUUGCAUUUUAAUGAGAGCCCAAUUAAGCUUGACGUAUUUGGUUCCAAAAUGGCAUCUUCCCUUUAUGGAGUACUCUUUACUGUUGGCCUCUGUGCUCCAAUCUACUGUGUGUCCCCGGUCAAUGCCCCCAGCGGAUACCCCCACCCAUCCUCCACAAAGAGCACCCCUGCCUCACUGGUGUAUUCCCUCAACACCGACUUUGCCUUCCGCCUCUACCGCAGGCUGGUUUUGGAGACCCCAAGUCAGAACGUCUUCUUCUCCCCCAUGAGUGUCUCCACUUCCCUGGCCAUGCUCUCCCUUGGGGCCCACUCAGUCACCAAGACCCAGAUUCUCGAGGGCCUGGGCUUCAACCUCACACACACACCAGAGUCUGCCAUCCACCGGGGCUUCCAGCACUUGGUUCAUUCACUGACUGUUCCAAGCAAAGACCUGGCCUUGAAGAUGGGAAGUGCCCUCUUCGUCAAGAAGGAGCUGCAGCUGCAGGAAAAUUUCUUGGGCAAUGUCAAGAGGCUGUAUGAAGCAGAAGUCUUUUCUACAGAUUUCUCCAACCCCUCCAUUGCCCAGGCGAAGAUCAACUGCCACGUGAAAAAGAAGACCCAAGGGAAGGUUGUAGACAUAAUCCAAGACCUUGACCUUCUGACAGCCAUGGUGCUGGUGAAUCACAUUUUCUUUAAAGCCAAGUGGGACAAGCCCUUUUACCCCGCAUAUACAAGAAAGAACUUCCCAUUUCUGGUGAGCAAGCAGGUCACUGUGCGUGUCCCCAUGAUGCACCAGAAGGAGCAGUUUGCUUUUGGGAUGGAUACAGAGCUGAACUGCUUUGUGCUCCAGAUGGACUACAAGGGAGAUGCCGUGGCCUUCUUUGUCCUCCCUAGCAAGGGCAAGAUGAGGCAACUGGAACAGGCCUUGUCAGCCAGAACACUGAGAAAGUGGAGCCACUCACUCCAGAAAAGGUGGAUAGAGGUGUUCAUCCCCAAAUUUUCCAUUUCUGCCUCCUACAAUCUGGAAACCAUCCUCCCAAAGAUGGGCAUCCAAAAUGUCUUUGACGAAAACGCUGAUUUUUCUGGAAUUACAAAGAGAGACUCCCUGCAGCUUUCUAAAGCAACCCACAAGGCUGUGCUGGAUGUCAGUGAAGAGGGCACUGAGGCCGCAGCAGCUACUACCACCAAGUUCAUAGUCCGAUCGAAGGAUGGUCCCUCUUACUUCACUGUCUCCUUCAAUAGGACCUUCUUGAUAAUGAUUACAAAUAAAGCCACAGACAGUAUUCUCUUUCUAGGGAAAGUGGAAAAUCCCGCUAAAUCCUAGGUGGGAAAUGGCCUGUUGACUGAUGGCACUUUGCUAAUGCACAAGAAAUAACAAACCACAUCCCUCUUUCUGUUCUGAGGAUGCACUUGACCCCAGUGGAGCUGCAUUCACUGGCAGGGAUGCCACUUCCAAGGCUCAAUCACCAAACCAUCAACAGAGACCCCAGUCACAAGCCAAUGCCCGUUAACCCCAGUCAGUGCCCUUUUCCACAAAGUCUCCCAGGUAACUAGCUUCAUGGGAUGUUGCUGGGUUACCAUAUUUCCAUUCCUUGGGGCUCCUGGGAAUGGAAAUAUGCCAACGCAGGUCAGGCACCUUUAUUGCGAAUUACAAUAACACAUUCAAUAAAACUAAAAUACGAAUUCAGCUGUCAA